UGAGAAAUGGCCCUAGCUUUUUUCGAUUUUCCGUUUUUUUUUUUUGUAUUUCCCGCUAAAAAAAUUGCCAUGGAAUCUAUGGAGUCGUAAUCGAUUCGCCGUUCGUCGUCGAUGGCUGCAGCAGACGACGAAGACGACGCCGUCGAUUUCCGCAAAACUCCGAAGAGUUUCGACCUGAACAAGUCUCCCGAAGCAGUCUCUUACUCAGAUUCGGCGGUUGAGAAGAAUAUGAACGAACUCGUCUCCUCGUUCCGACGCUUGCUCGAAUCGUUCGUCGUCGAGUUCUGUCCUCCGCCUCCGGCGACCGUUGAUCUCUUCGGCCUCUUCGUCGGCGUGAGCCACAGAGGCGGUUUCAAAGCCGUUUCGGAGAAUGCUGCGUGGGAGGAAGUCGGGAGCGAGUCUAAAUUAGGUUUAUCUGCGAAAUCGAUCUACGUCAAGUACCUCGCCUCGCUUGCGCGGUGGUUGAACAGAGUCGUUGGAGGUGAUGGUGGUGGCGUGGAGCUGCCUGGAGUAUCGGAUGAUCUGAUCGGUAGGUUUGGGGAUUUUGUGGCUCAGGUGAAGAGGAAGUAUGAGUUGAGGGAAGGUAUGGUUUCAAGAGAGGUGGGAGGAGAGUUUAAAUGGUUUAUAUCGAAAGCUAGGAGAAGAUCUGAUGAUAAGAAGCUUGAGGAAGCUGUGUUUCUUGAUUCUGGUUCUUCCCCUGGGAAGAGGAAACGGGAGUGUUCUUUAGUGACUUUGAAGUGGUUAAGCGAGGCUGCUAAGGAUCCAUGUGACGUAUCUGUUGGCUCUUUGCCGGAUAGAUCAAAGUGGGAUUGUUAUGGAAGUGAAGAGCCGUGGAAAGAGCUUCUUCUGUUUAGAGCUUCAAGAACGAACUCUGAUUCGUCUUGUGAAAAGAUUUGGCAGAAAAUCCAGAAGAUGCAUCCGUCUCUGUAUCAGGAUAGUGCUGGGACUAGUUACAAUCUAAGAGAGAGACUCAGUUUCGAUAGGAAUCAGUUUAAUGAGAGGAAAGCUGGGAUAUCUUCUGAGGAUGGCUCGGGUUCAGAGGGUUCAGACGAGGAGGAUGAAUCAGGUGGUCUAGUUGGUCCAGAGUUUCAAGCUGAAGUACCUGAGUGGACUGGCAUCAUCACUGAAAGCGAUCCAAAGUGGCUAGGCACUCUGAACUGGCCACUUAACAAAGAACAAAACAACAAAAAUAACCUUCUCAUCGAAAGAGAUCCUAUUGGAAAAGGAAGACAAGAUGCUUCUUGUGGCUGCCAAAAUCCAGGCUCUGUUGGUUGUGUCAGAUUCCAUAUCAAGGCAAAACAGGAGAAACUGAAACUCGAACUUGGUUCAGCUUUCUACAUGUGGUGUUUCGAUACAAUGGGUGAAGGUAAUCUGCAGUAUUGGACAGAGUUUGAACUGAAGAAGGUGAUGUCUUUGAUGCCUUCUCCACCUACACUUAUCCCGUCUUUCUUCGAUGAGCUCAGGAGCGUUCUUCCUUCAAAGAGCAGAGGAAAGAUCGUGAGCUACUUCUACAACGUGACGCUUUUGCAGUUUAGAGCAAAUCAGAGUAGAAUGACUCCUUAUGAGAUUGACAGUGAUACUGACACACAGUACAGGAUUGCAACAGCGAGUGAAGAUCCAAACCUGGAAGCAAACACAUCACAGAAACCCGUUUUGCUUACGCCCAAGAAAAAAAGACGUCGAUAGAGAGGUAGUAGUAACACUUGAUGAAUCUUGGGUUUUAAGUGGGAGCAGCCAUUGAAAGUGCUUAUAAACUUCGGGGGAGAAAGGGUUCUGUUCAUCAGUUACGUCGGCUCAGCAAAUUCGGGUUUUGGUAUUUGAGGUAAAUACUUUCAUGAUCACUCCACUCUUUUGAUGAUUCUAUAGGAGUAUUCUUUUUUUUUUUUUUUCUGGGUUGGCAUUGCUUAAAAGGACUGAUGAAUCAGAGACGAGGUUUCUCCAAAACAAGUACAGUAAAAUUUCGGAUCAUUUUGGUGAAUACAACAGAAGCAAACAUUGUUAUUGCUAUUUGUUUUGUUUGUUUCUAAAGGAAA